CCAUCCCGGGGCGGCCUGGCCCCAUCUGCAGGCUGCUGCUGGAAAUGCAGCGAAGAAUGUUUAAUUGGAUGCAGCCACACUCCUGAGUUGUGGGAGCUUUUCUACGCAGUAUUAUUAGGGCCUGGUGUACUUGACCUGAAUCUGGCACUGAAAAUAAUCUGUGGUAAAUCUGACAUCUUCCAGCUGCACUGACCAGUUUUCUAAGCACAAAUAAUUGACUUUGCUGAAGGAAUAGAGUUGUCUUGGUCUUCUACUAUAAGAUACUGCAGCUGUGUGUAUCCUGAACCCUAUGAGCCAAAUCUGUACUCACAUUGCCGCAACUCACUUGAUGUCAGUGGAGUUGCAAUGGGUUUGAAUAUGGACAGAAUUUGACACAUUGCAACUUCAGCCCUACUAAAGUCCUUUGAAUGGAGUAAUUCUGCUGGCUGAACAUAUUGUAGAACCAUUACAAAGGGGAAUGGUCGAUGCUAUAACAAGUGGCACAGCAACCAUACAAGUGAAAGACAAUUCUUGAACAAAGAAAUUAACCAAUGGCUCUUAAGGAAGAGUACCAACCAAGGACCAAGCAAAUAUUUCACCAUCUACCUACAGUGUCAGAGAUGCCACACAGAGAACCCCUCCUCCACAUCUCUCCUACAGUGGAUAAUAACAUCAUAGGUGUUGGGCAGGAUGGACUGGUUUCCAUCUGGACCAGAAACUUAAAAUUGAAGAAAAGUCGGCUUAUACUUGAUGAAAACAAAGUAUUAAACAGAAAACUGAAAUGGAUUUCAGAUUCAACUUUAAUGCCUCAGUACAAUAAGCUGAUUAUUGGAACCUGUGACAGAGAGAUACGUCUAUAUGAACUUUCCAACUUUGAACCAUACUGUCAAAUCAUUGGCCUUGAAACAAUGCCUCUACACCUAGAUUACAGUGUUCGAGAGGAAGAUGAAUGCAUAAUAUUGUACGGUGAUGAACAGGGCUGUGUUAACAUCAUCUUGAUCUCUUCUGUGGGAGAAACACUGAGGAAUUGGACAAAGUGUCCAGCUGUGGAGGAAAUCCCCAGUGUUUCCAUGGAGAACAUUAAUGACAGUAGAAAUAUCACCUUCAUUCGCUGGAAGGUUCAUAAUGAUUGGGUGACCAAGAUCAAAUACAUUCAUUCUAUAGAAUCCAUUAUAUCCAGUUCAAAUGAUGAUUAUACUGCACUAGUUAUAGGCUGUGUCAAUGAAACUAAAGACGUGCAGCAUCGUUUGAGGAUUCUGAUGGACUCCAGCAGCAUUCCAACCAAGUGCUGUCUGCCAGGUGGGGCUUCCCCUCCAAGGCGCUUUAACUGUGAUGAAUCCCAAUUCAAAGUGCACAGAGGGGUCAAGGCCUUUGACUUCUGUAAAGAAAGUAACAUUCUUGUGACUGGCGGUUUGGACCGGAAUAUUCGUCUAUGGAAUCCUUAUGUUCCUGGAUGGGCUAUUGGCUUACUGCGUGGACAUACUUCCCCAAUUGGCUUCCUGUGUAUAGCUGAUGGCAACACAAAGCUCUUCUCAGUCUCCAUGGACAGCACUGUUAUGGUGUGGGACAUUGAAGACCAGUCCUGCCUCCUCACUGUGAUUCCCAAAGCCAGUCAGAUCAGAGGAGAGAUGGCAGUUUGUUACUUCUCAAAUGAACUGAGAGCUCUCUACCUUGCCGCAGAUUGCCUUGUUCUCCUACACUUCCAGCGGAAGGAAGACCGGCUAAGUAAUUCUUGUGUGUCCCAUAAUGAACCAAUCCUCUGCUGCCAGUAUAAUAAGCCAUUCCAGCAGGUGGUUAGUUGCUCGGAAGGAUCUGCUAUAAAAGUGUGGGAUCUUCAAAAUGGACAACUGGUUACUGAAGUCUAUGAAGCUCAUGGAGAUGCUGCUGUGACCUGCAUGGCCCUAGACACCAGUGGCAAGAGAUUGAUCACUGGUGGCAGAGAUGGAAGCCUGAAAAAAUGGGAUUGUAGCACCAUUCGUUAUAUCCAUACCCUUAAGCAAGCAGGCACUUCAAGUGAUGAAGUCACCGCCUGCACAUAUGCUGAUAUUUACAGCAACAGGUACAUCAUAUCUGUUGGUUGGGACCGGAAGAUCAAUAUUUUCCCUGAUCUUCAUAGUGAAGCAUCUGAAGGGCCAUGCCCACAAGUGGAUUGGAUUGACAGUGUGGAAAACGGUCACAAAGACGAUGUAUUGUGUGUGUCCUUCUGCCCUCCGAAUCUCGUGGCCUCUUCCAGUUAUGAUGGUGAAAUUCUCAUAUGGAAUCUCAUCUCAGGACAUGUUUGUAGCCGCCUCAGUGCUGUAAGCCGGGCAGUAAUGGAGGAUGGGACAGAGGAUUUAAUCAUCAACAAAGUCACAUUUCUCCAGUCAAGGUCAGAAAGGAAGACAACAGCAGCUUCUUUAGUGUCAAGUGGACCCCGAGGUUAUAUUACAUUUUGGAAUAUAUUUGGAGGAGGGAAGCUAUUUGCUUAUUUCAUUGGAUCCAAGGACAGGUCUAUAAUCAGUGACAUGGCUGUCAGUGAUGAUGACUGCCUCCUGUGUGCAGCUGACCACAUAGGUUACAUCUAUAUUUGGAACAUCACAAAAUAUGCCCUUCAGGGACCAGAGGAGGAACCACCAGCUUUGCUUCUAAGUUGGAGAGCUCAUAGCUGCAGUGUUACAAGUGUUGCCUGGGUGAGUGAACACCAGCUGCUUCUCACCUCAUCUGUGGACUGCACAGUGAAGCUGUGGAGCCUAGAAGGGGAAUAUAUAGGUACAUUUGGUCAAAAAGAUCUGUGGAACAUCAAGGAUAAAAUGUCCUGGCAGAGAGGGCCUAAUCCAGACAGCCACACUACUCCAGCUGCGUCUGCUAGGCAAGUGUCGGCAAUAAAACCAAGCUGUGCCACAGGAAGGGAAGAUGAGGCAAACAGUGCAGAGACCGUUACCACCAUAAACCUAGAAAAGACUGAGGGAGAGCACAGUCUGUCAAGACCAUAUAAACUAUUGAAUCCUACAAAAGACAUCUUUCCUCUGAAAGAACUGCAGUCAUACUACACAGUCUGGGGUACAGUCUUCCCUGUGUUUGUUGUUCAUUAAUAUACUGAUGGAAUGUAAGCACUUGCAAUGAAGAAAGGGCUGAAAAAGCCAGACAUUUGUUUACAUCUUUGCUUAGUCAGUCCACAGCAGUAACCAGCUUAAAACAGAAUAAAGAAACCAAACAACUUACGUUUGGAAUGUGUGAUUGAAAACAAUGGGACUAGGUGGUAAAAUGGUUUAAUGUAUUAUUUGGAGCUGGGCUUGAUCCCAAGCUGGUAACAUUUUAUGGUCUCAUCUCAGUCCCUCAUAGGGAUGUUGUGAAAGUUCUUCUAGAAAGUGCUAUACUACCUGCACUUCCCUGAGUGCCAACUCUAUACAACAACACUGCAUAGUCACUGGCCUAUCUAAUCAUGUCAGAAUUCAUCUUAGGGAAAGGAUUCACCAAAGAUUGAUUCAAAACAUAUUACUCCUGUUUCAAAUUAAACUGGUUCCUAGGUUAGUGUAAGAUUAGAAUUUUUCCCCACUAGUCUGUUAGCUCAACAAGACAAUGUGUGAAAGCAAGUUAUGACUGCCCAUUUCAAGUCUUCCUCAUUAUGACUAGUGAUGCCAUUUUCUUAAAUUAUAAAAUCUCCACCUGAUAUUGGACAAGGCUGUAGAUUUUUACUAUAAUAAACUGAGAUCAUAUGUAAAUUUAAGUCAAAUAUAUAUUUGAAAUAAACCUUGGUUUCUCAACACUUCUGCAUCUGCUUGCAUUUGGCAGGAAUGAUUCAGCUCCUACACAUAUGUUAAACAGGCACUGAGUAUACACACCAACAUCCCUCUUCAUAAGGAUCAUUUGCCAAUUAUAGUAUAAAUAGUCCCUUCUGCUUUCACUUCAAAUUUUCAGUAAUGUAAAGGAUUUAAAUAUGCUAAAAGCCAGUUUAUGAAGCAUUAUUAGGGUUUUGGGUUUUUUUUAAACUUUCUCCUGUAAUGGUGUACAAGAUGUGCUGCUUGAGAAAACAUGUAUUGGUUUUAAUUGAUAGGAAAUCUAGCCAAUAAAACCAGACAUGAGUGCAAAUAAAAUCGGAUGUUUCUUUUGAAAGUGUAAGAUAGAAUUUGCAAGGACUAACUUUGCAUACUACUGUAACUCUGUCUACCAUGAGCACAGGUACAUUUGGUGCAAGUGUAAGAAGAGGCCAACCAAGAUUAUUAUUUAAACAAAUGACAAA